AUGGAUUCAGAUACCUUGCAAGCCUUCCAGAGUGAGCUCACAUGCUCCAUCUGCAUAAACUACUUCAUAGACCCUGUCACCAUCAACUGUGGUCACAGCUUUUGCAGGCCCUGCCUAUACCUCUGCUGGGAGGAAGCCCAAACGUCAAUGUGCUGCCCUGAGUGCAGGGAAAUAUCAGAGAAGCCAGACUUCAAAACCAAUAUUGCACUCAAGAGGCUGGCUUCACUUGCUAGACAAGCCAGGCCUUGUCACGUUGACAGCUCUAAGGACCAGAUCUGUGUGGCACACAAGGAGGCAAAGGGGCUCUUCUGUGAAGUGGACAGAAACCUGCUCUGUGGACCCUGCUCUGAAUCACUGGAGCACAGGGCUCACAGCCACAGUUCGAUAGAAUGUGCUGCGGAGGAAUACCGGGUGGAGAAAUUUCUAAAGAAAAUGGACACCAUACGGAAAAUGACUCAGGAAAUGCAAAACCAUCUAAAUCAGGAAACUAGUAAAAUCCAUUCAUUAGCGCACUAUGUGGCUUUACAGAAGGUGACGAUCAAAAUUCAAUGUCAGAAGAUACAUCUGUUUCUCCACGAGGAGGAGCAACUCCAUCUAGAGACAAUAGACAGAGACGCAGCGGAGACUUUCCAGCAACUCAGGAGCAGUGAAGUCAGGAUGACCCAACAGAAAGAACACCUAGAAGAAAUGCACAGAGAGCUGGCUGAGACGUGCCAGAAGCCUGCCGCGGAGCUGCUCCAGGUGAGGGGGAGGAUUUCAGCGAAGAGUACAUCAGUGCUGGUGCAUACGCCCCAACCUUUGCAUCCAGAGAUCAGUGUGGGGCCUAUCACUGGACUGAUGGAUGGGCUCAACCACUUCCAAGAGUGCAGCCUCAAGUCAGGAUACUGCAGAAAAGCAUGUGCUGAAGGUGAGGAAAGUGAAAUUUCUAAACCAGAUUAUUGA